CACAUAACUCUCUCCCACAUUGUGCACCCUCAUGCACAUGGCUAAAGUUCCACACCGAUCAUCACUUGUCACAUUGGUGACACUCCUAGUGGUGGCUCUCCUCCUUCAUCCAACCUCCUCCACUUCAAGAAAAACCCUACACCACCACCAUCACCCUAGUUCAAAUGGCUUCCGAGUCAUGCUUCGCCACGUGGACUCAGGGAAAAACCUAACCAAACUAGAACGUGUCCAACACGGGAUCAAACGUGGCAAGGGUAGGCUUCAGAGGCUGAACGCAAUGGUGUUGGCAGCAACAUCAACACCAACACCAACACCAACACCAACACCAGACGAAUCAUUAGAAGCCCCCAUUCAUGCAGGAAACGGAGAGUACUUGAUGGAGUUAGCCAUUGGAACCCCACCAGAGUCUUACCCUGCGGUUUUGGACACUGGAAGUGACCUCAUUUGGACACAGUGCAAGCCUUGCACACAGUGUUACAAGCAACCAACACCAAUCUUUGACCCUAGAAAAUCCUCUUCUUUCUCCAAGGUUUCAUGCGGGAACACCUUGUGUAGUGCUUUGCCUUCCUCGUCAUGCAGUGAUGGGUGUGAGUAUGUGUAUUCAUACGGUGACUAUUCAACCACACAAGGAGUUUUGGCCACCGAGACAUUCACCUUUGGUGAGAACGAGGUUCACAACAUUGCUUUUGGUUGUGGAGAGGAUAAUGAAGGUGAUGGAUUUGAACAAGCCUCGGGGUUGGUUGGUCUAGGACGUGGUCCUUUGUCUUUGGUUUCUCAACUCAAUGAACCUAGAUUUUCCUAUUGUUUGACCCCUAUAGAUGACACGAAGAAAAGUGUUCUCUUGUUGGGGUCUUUGGAGCAUGCGAAAGGUGCAAAAGAAGUGACAACGCCUCUUCUCAAGAACCCUUUGCAACCCUCUUUUUACUAUCUUUCCCUUGAAGGAAUCACUGUGGGGGAGACCCUAUUGGACAUUGAGAAGUCCACUUUUGAACUGGGGGAUGAUGGGAGUGGUGGUGUGAUCAUAGACUCUGGCACCACAAUCACAUACUUAGAAACCAAGGCUUUUGAUGCACUCAAGAAGGAGUUCAUUUCACAAACGAAGCUUCCUUUGGACAAGUCUGGCUCAACUGGCCUUGAUGUUUGUUUUUCUGUGACAUCAGGGACAUCACAAGUGGAGGUUCCACAAGUGAUUUUUCACUUCAAGGGUGGGGAUUUGCAGCUUCCUGCUGAGAAUUACAUGAUUGGUGACUCCAAUUUGGGAGUGGCGUGCCUUGCCAUGGGUUCUUCCAGUGGCAUGUCCAUAUUCGGGAAUGUUCAACAGCAGAACAUUUUGGUCAACCAUGAUCUCCAGAAAGAAACCAUUUCCUUCGUUCCUACUUCGUGUGAUCAAUUGUGAGCGUGCGUGUGUCAGAUAUUCAGUGAUUAAUAGUGUUUGUGUUUUGCUUUGUUUGUUUAAUAUUCUCUUGCCCAACUCGUAUUGUUAUGAUUGAAUUUCUUAGUUGUUACAAUAACAUGAACAUUUUUAUUCUGUCCAA